GCUGGGGCCGGGUACGUCAGUCAGACUGUGACGUGCAGUCUUCCUGUUUCCUUCAGCUGUGUCUUAAAGUAAAUCUUGUUGUGGAGCGGAGCCCUCAGCUGAGGGAGCGCUCUGAAAUAAUACACCAUUGCAGCCAGGGAAAGCAGAGCGGCGCAAAAGAGCUCUCGCCGAGGCUGCCUGCUCCCUCUUCGCUUCGCUUCGUCCUCUCUUUCCUUCGUCUUCUCUCUUUUCUUCUCUUCUCUUCUAUUCUCUCUUCUCUUCUUUCCUCUCCUCUUCUCUCCUCUCCUCGCCUCUCCUGUCUUCUCUUCUCUCCCCUUCUCUUAUCUCCUGUCCUUUUCUUUCCCUCCCCUCUCUCCUCUCUCUCCCCUUUCCUUCCCUCUCGCCCCGCUUGCUCGCUCGCACAGACUCACCGUCCCUUGUCCAAUUAUCAUAUUCAUCACCCGCAAGAUAUCACCGUGUGUGCGCGCGCGUUUUCCUCUCUCUGCCGGCAAAAAAAAAGAGAGGCUCAGUCCCACUGCUCUCUGCACCGCGAGAAAAUGAUGUUAUUUAAAUGAAUCAUAAUAAAAUAGCCUCUAAACAGUUUCUAAGCUUGAACCUCAGUGGAACUCAGCGCUCCGCUCCUCCCAGUUCCUAAGAGGUCCCGGGAUUCUUGAGCUGUGCCCAGCUGACGAGCUUUUGAAGAUGGCACAAUAACCGUCCAGUGAUGCCUGACCAUGACAGCACAGCCCUCUUAAGCCGGCAAACCAAGAGGAGAAGAGUUGACAUUGGAGUGAAAAGGACGGUAGGGACAGCAUCUGCAUUUUUUGCUAAGGCAAGAGCAACGUUUUUUAGUGCCAUGAAUCCCCAAGGUUCCGAGCAGGAUGUUGAGUAUUCAGUGGUGCAGCAUGCAGAUGGGGAAAAGUCAAAUGUACUCCGCAAGCUGCUGAAGAGGGCGAACUCAUAUGAAGAUGCCAUGAUGCCUUUUCCAGGAGCAACCAUAAUUUCCCAGCUGUUGAAAAAUAACAUGAACAAAAAUGGUGGCACAGAGCCCAGUUUCCAAGCCAGCGGUCUCUCUAGCACAGGCUCCGAAGUACAUCAGGAGGAUAUAUGCAGCAACUCUUCAAGAGACAGCCCCCCAGAGUGUCUUUCCCCUUUUGGCAGGCCUACUAUGAGCCAGUUUGAUAUGGAUCGCUUCUGUGAUGAGCACCUGAAAGCAAAGCGCGCCCGGGUUGAGAAUAUAAUUCGGGGUAUGAGCCAUUCCCCUAGUGUGGCAUUAAGGGGCAAUGAAAAUGAAAGAGAGAUGGCCCCGCAGUCUGUGAGUCCCCGGGAAAGUUACAGAGAAAACAAACGCAAGCAAAAGCUGCCCCAGCAGCAGCAGCAGAGUUUCCAGCAGCUGGUUUCAGCCCGAAAAGAACAGAAGCGAGAGGAGCGCCGACAGCUGAAACAGCAGCUGGAGGACAUGCAGAAACAGCUGCGCCAGCUGCAGGAAAAGUUCUACCAAAUCUAUGACAGCACUGAUUCUGAAAAUGAUGAAGAUGGUAACCUGUCUGAAGACAGCAUGCGCUCGGAGAUCCUGGAUGCCAGGGCCCAGGACUCUGUCGGGAGGUCGGAUAAUGAGAUGUGUGAGCUCGACCCAGGCCAGUUUAUUGACCGGGCCCGAGCGCUAAUCAGAGAGCAGGAGAUGGCGGAAAACAAGCCGAAACGAGAGGGCAACAACAAAGAAAGAGACCACGGGCCAAACUCCUUACAACCAGAAGGCAAACAUUUGGCUGAGACCUUGAAACAGGAACUGAACACUGCCAUGUCGCAAGUUGUGGACACUGUGGUCAAAGUCUUUUCGGCCAAGCCCUCCCGCCAGCUUCCUCAGGUCUUCCCACCUCUCCAGAUCCCCCAGGCCAGGUUUGCAGUCAAUGGGGAAAACCACAAUUUCCACACUGCCAACCAGCGCCUGCAGUGCUUUGGCGAUGUCAUCAUUCCGAACCCCCUGGACACCUUUAGCAACGUGCAGAUGCCUAGUUCCACAGACCAGACAGAAGCACUGCCCCUGGUUGUGCGCAAAAACUCGUCUGACCAGUCUGCCUCUGGCCCCCCGGCUGGCGGUCACCACCAGCCACUGCACCAGUCACCUCUCUCUGCCACCGCCGGCUUCACCACAUCCACCUUCCGCCACCCCUUCCCCCUUCCCUUGAUGGCCUACCCAUUUCAGAGUCCAUUAGGUGCUCCCUCCAGCUCCUUCUCUGGAAAAGACAGAGCCUCUCCUGAAUCCUUAGACUUAACUAGGGAGACAACAAGUCUGAGGACCAAGAUGUCAUCCCACCACCUGAGCCACCAUCCUUGUUCCCCAGCACACCCACCCAGCACGGCCGAAGGGCUCUCCUUGUCUCUCAUAAAGUCCGAGUGUGGUGACCUUCAGGAUAUGUCCGAAAUCUCACCUUAUUCGGGAAGUGCAAUGCAGGAAGGACUGUCACCCAAUCACUUGAAAAAAGCAAAGCUCAUGUUCUUUUAUACCCGUUAUCCCAGCUCCAAUAUGCUGAAGACCUACUUCUCCGAUGUAAAGUUCAACAGAUGCAUUACCUCUCAGCUCAUCAAGUGGUUUAGCAAUUUCCGUGAAUUUUACUACAUUCAGAUGGAGAAGUAUGCGCGUCAAGCCAUCAAUGAUGGGGUCACCAGUACUGAAGAGCUGUCUAUAACCAGAGACUGUGAGCUGUACAGGGCUCUGAACAUGCACUACAAUAAAGCAAAUGACUUUGAGCAGGUUCCAGAGAGAUUCCUGGAAGUUGCGCAGAUCACGUUACGGGAGUUUUUCAAUGCCAUUAUCGCAGGCAAAGAUGUUGAUCCUUCCUGGAAGAAGGCCAUUUACAAGGUCAUCUGCAAGCUGGAUAGUGAAGUCCCUGAGAUUUUCAAAUCCCCGAACUGCCUACAAGAGCUGCUUCAUGAGUAGGAAUUUCAACAACUCUUUUUGAAUGUAUGAAUAGUAGCAGUCCUCUUUGGAUGUCCAAGUUACUUGUGUCUAAAUUUUUAUUUCAUAUAUAUGUGUAUGGGAGGCAUGGAUAUGUUAUGGAAAUCAGCUGGUAAUUCCUCCUCACGAUCUUUCAUUUUCUUUGGUUUUCCAUUGCAAGGGGAUGGUUAUUUUCCUUUCACUUUUAGUUUACUUUUGCCCAAGGCCCUUAACAUUUGGAGACCUAAAAUAGGCUUAAUUUUCAGGAAAAAGAAAUGUUGAUGAGAAGGAAGGGCAUUUGUUAAAGAUGCUUCUGCUUGAUUGAUGGGUUAUUGCAAAUGGCAGUUGUCCGAGGGAAACCUGGUGACACAGCACAGAAUGAUGUGUCUCUUGUUUUUACUGCUAAGAGGUCUGAAACUCAAUGAAACCACUAUACAAGUUUAAAUAUUUUGUUUGGUUUGAGCUCAGUAAGUUGCUUUUUCUUACAGGUUUUAAAAAAAAAACAAAAACCCAAUGGUGGAUGAGCACCUUACUUAACAAAAGAACCCCAAAAGGCAAAAAGAAAAAUGAUUAUUAACUAUCAAGUUUUCCCUAAGAGAAAUUAUAAACACCCCAAACUCUAGUACCAGUUCCUUAUGGAGGCAAAGCAAUUUUGCACAAAACUGACUCAAGUUUAAGACUGGAAAUUUAUGCAUGAUUGUUUAGCCAGCCACCUCUCUCAAGUUUACAAUGUGAUUUUCAAAAUAAAUGAGUAUACAUCCUCCUUCAUAGAGAAAAACCCUAACCUUUUGUCAUUUUCUAAUUAUCCUCAUAUUGCUUCAGUAUAAAAAGGCACAUUACUUUCCAAUUUACUCCUUGCUCAAUUUUUGUUUAUAUGCUUUAAAAGAUUAUUAUUUGUUGUAUAUUUAAUACUUGUUUUCUAAAACACUAUUUUCUGAAUACCUUUCUAUGGUAAGGAAAUUCUAUCUUGAUCAUAAAAUUCCUGCUUUUACCAGUAGUUUGUUGACAGCUGUUAGCUGACUUGACCCUCACCUCCUAAGAAGGGCACAUAUGAGAAUGACCUAUUUUCAUAAACAAUUCCACACAACCCUUGAUGGGUGGUCAAAGUGGUCACAGUCCAAUGAAGUGUUUCCUCCUUUUGGGUGUAGCAUUUUAAAGCAGUUGAUAAAGUCUUUUCUAAUUCAAAAGCUAAUAUUGACCAAAAUGUGAGAAGAGUGUAUAGCAUAGAGAAGUUUGGGGUUAACCUAAAAAACACAAUUUCAGCACACUUAAGAAAGCUAGCUGCUAUUUUAUGCUUUCUUCAAUGGUUCUCCCCCUUUUUAAUUUCUUUUUUCAGUUUUUCAAAGGUGUGUCAUGUCCCAUACUUGCUUUCAAAGAAAUCAUAAGACAUUCACACGUGUCAUUUUCUAAGAUGGGUUUUUGUGUGCAGAUGCAGUAAGAAUUCAUUGUUCUUUCUAAUAAUGUCUUGCAAACCCCUGCCCCUCAGGUAAUUUGAUAUACACUUCCUAAACUGACACAGUAACAAAUCUGGUAUUUAGAUCAUAUAGAACAUAAGUACCAUUUUUCCUUAAUUAAAAAAAGAAAUCCAUUUGACUUUGGAGAAUGCAGGUUGACCCAUGUGACUAACUAGCUGACCCAAUCGCUGUAAUUUAGUGUCAUUUAUAAAUUCUGCUGAUGGACAGGAAUGUAUGAACGCAAUUAUUGUCAGCACAAAGCCUUAGAACCUGCUGACUUUAAAUUAAAUGGUGCAAUCUUAUGCUGCAUCAUUCAGCAGCCGUGCAGGCUUUCUCUGUGUGGACAGAGUGGUCAGCAGGAUGGACUGGAGCAUCAACCACUUGAUUCCAUACCCAAAACCAACCAGAUCUCCCAGCUCUCACUCGCCUAACACGUGUGAUGCACACAGAAUUAUUAGAUCCAAUUUGCUAUUAGUUCUUGCUGGCUUUUAGGAAAGCCAUGUUCAGAUAAUCAUUGCAGCAGAAUAAGAUGGAAAAGAAAAAUCUGAUCAGCACAAAGUAGGGAAGCAAUCUCAAUUUGUGGUCACAGUCUCUUGACUUCCUUACUGUGAAAGAGUAUGGCAUUCACUAUCCACAUCAGUAUACCACUGGGUCUUUGGUGUUCCUUAGUAAUUCAUAUCAAUAUCACCUUACCAUUUGCAAGGUAAAAGGCAAAGCCCUGGUUUAUUCUGUAGACAGAUUGCUAGGUAUCUUCUUGAUCUGGGGCGAAUUCAAUAGUAUUGAUUCCAGACUUUAUUUGGAUUUUUAGUAUUUUUCCCUGCCUUUCUAAUUUAAAUAGACAAAUGAAGUGAAAGUUUGUGUUCACAACCAAAUGUUGAUGUGCUUAUCUACUGAUAAUAUCCUCUCAAUGCUCACUGAGGCGUAGAAAUUAUUUCAGAGUAGAGAUUGCACCAGGAGGAUAAACUCACCUCUUUUGUCCUGAAGACAGAACUCAAUCACUUUGCUUUUAGGUGGUUUGUCCCCUUUUAUAAUCAUAAAAUCUUGUGCCUCCCACUGCAUUAAAAAACAACAAAAGCCUAUCUCUCAAGACUCCUAUUUAAUUAACAGUAAAAAAAAAAAAAAGAAAAAAAAAAUCACUAUUUUUCAAAUGUUAGAUCAACUGUCACCAAGUGAAAAUUGGCUAGUUGGAAGGAAGUUAACUUUUUAUGGUGGGAGGGUGAAAGAUGAGGGACAUUUUACAUAGGAAAAAAAAAAGUCUGCAGUCCAUGUUGAAAUACCACAUUACCACUUAUUUUCUGCUAACUCUAAAUUAUUUUUGCAUAUACCCUUGAGUUUAUAGUCUGUGCCUAGACCUAAAAUGCACCAGCGGGGGGAUUUUUAAAAAUCCUUCAAAAUACCAGUUUUCUCCCACAAGUACAAUUGUUCUUGUGCCUUCUGUGGCUUUCAGUUUCAUCUUUUUGACUUUAUUUCCAAUUAUUACAGCUGCAAUAAACACUCGAUUUUUUUUCUGGCUGUUUGACAUAACGUUAAUAGCUAUGCAUAUUUUGUGUCUUUUUAAAACAAAGCGGGAGAAUACGUUUUUGAAGAAGAGAAUUUUUAGAACAGUUUGAUACCGCAAAUUAUUUUUUCCUCAAUUGUUUGAGCAGCAUUCAAGUUUUGAAAAUUCUUGUAGAAGCCAAUUUUUUGUAACUGUGGUGCAAAUCUUGUGUUUUCUUAGCCUAAUGAAAAGUAGUAUAGAAGCAAUAUUUCAUACCAUGUGCUAUAUAUGUGUAUGCAGACAUGUGAACACAUACACACAUAUACACACAUGUAAAAUAUACAUAUAUAUAUAUGUGUGUGAAGUGGAAAGCUUACCUUUUCCUAUCUAGAUUUAAGAUCCUAUUUUAGACAUUUGUUAUGUUUUGUGAAACGAAUGUUCUAUUUGCAACAACAAAACAUUUCAUUCUUACUGUAUCUCUGGCUGUUUAAUGAAGAUGUUUCACAUUAAAUGGUAAAACACGUGGAAGAUGUUAGAAUGUAGUAAUUAUUUAAGGAAAUGUUCACCCACAUAUUCCUGAAGUUUGCUUUGUGCCUCUGAGUAUUAUUUAAAGUGUUUUAUGUUUGCAGAAUCUUUUGUUACUGUACUAGGGAUGUGGGUGAAUAUCAUUUUUAAAAGUUUUGAAAACAAAACAAAACAAAAACACUAAACCAAGAGGGGAACUUUUAUAAAGCAAUGUAAAUAUUUAACCUCAUGGCUGUCGUUACGUAAGACAUGAGAUUUUAAUAAAUAACUACAUUCUCACAACAUCUGUUGAAUUUAUUAGGAACACUACAGUGACUGUAUAGACAGUUGAAAGCAUUCUUGAAAAUCCUGCUCUCUACUUUUAAAAGAUAACAGUCUCUUUCAUCAGAUGUCAAGGGCAAGGGCAAUGCAGUUUCUGUAAAUUUAUGAAAUUUCUUUUCUAUGUACAUGAAGAUAUUUAAUAAGUAACCCCUCCCCAUACACCCACAUACAGGUUAAUAUUAAGUUAUAAAGCUAAAGAUUUGGGGGCUUUAAAAAUAGGAUGCUCCCCAGAAGCAAUCAUAAAUUCAUCGGAGAAAAAGUAGUUUACAGACUCCCUGGAAAGAAACACUGUACAUGGGAGAACAGUGCAAAAUCUCUUUGCCAUGUAUAUUAUACUCAUUGGUGUGACUAGUACAAAUGUUUCCUUCUGGUACAAACUCUAUGUUUGCAAAUUAUAAGAAGCAUUGUUUUCAAAAAGCUCCCCUUAAAAGAAUGUAACUGGUUUAUAUGAGUAAGCAGUUACUAUAUUGCACUUAAAUGUUAUGUUGAAGGAAUUGCAGUUUUGUUUUCUGUAGAUCUGUUGGUCGUAAACCAUCUAUAAAACUAAAGCUAAAAUGCUCAUAUUCAGAGCUGGGAUCAAAACUGGUAUUUAACCUUUGCAUCUUCUUAUAAUUACCCUUCUAAGAAUAUAACAGAAUCUGGAAGCAUCUGGACUUUGAGUCUUUUCAACUGGGCCUUCACUCAAAUCUGACACCCCCUAAAAUGCACAAAUAUGAGUAGAAAAGGCAAACAAGCUGGCUUUCUUUUGUGAAAAUUUAUUCAUUCUCUAUUUUUAAAAUAUUAAAUUACUCCACAUUAGAAGAAAAAAAAUUUUUAAUUUAUAUCACCACUGCAAAAUUAAAGUUAGAAAAAAUAUAUCUGGGGGUUGGUCUCAGUGCUACCUAGAAGAAUCAAAGGCUGUGGCUUCCCCCUUAUAUUGUCCCAGCCAUUUCUCAUAUGUAUAUAGUUACAAACCAUGACAAAACACUGCCUUUAUAUUAUUUAGCAAUAUGUUGUAAAUAGCAUUAAGCUCUUUUUUUGUAAUAAAGACCCUUUGAUUUAAAUAUAGUACAAUAACUGAACUGAUAAAGUCAAUUUUUGAUUUUUUUUUUUUUUUUUGUUAGCUAGAGGCAAUUUCAAUUGUGGAUUUUUGUUAUUGUCUAUUGUUCUGAGACUUUGCAUAAUUUAUUGGUUUAAUUUAUCCUAAUUUAUUUGAUGAAGGUGUACAAUUUUGUAUUACCAAGGAUGUACUGUAAUAUUAAUUGAUAUGAUAAAAAACAAUGAGACUCCCUGUCCAUAUUAAAAAGAAAAUAAAAAGGUGCAGUAGACAAUUGAUUUUAAAGUAAAAGUAAAAAAAUUUAGUUUGGCAGCUACUAAAUUUUAAAACAGGAAAAAAGUUGUUGGGUGGGAGGGGGGAAGGGGAUUUUACUUUGUGUGUUUUAAGCUUUUGUAUACUCUCCAAACUUUUACCUUUUUGCUUUGUACCACUUAAAGGAUACAGUAGUCCAAUUGCCUUGUGUGCCUUCCAUCUUCUCUUAAACUGAAUGUAUGUGCAGUAUAUAUGCAAGCUUGUGCAAAAUAAAAUAUACAUUACAAGCUCA